AUGCUGGGGAAUGAUGAUGCCUUCUCCACACUCGCAACACUGCCUAAUCUUGUACGUCUUGACUUGUCGGAUGAUGCAUUCAUGGAGGGCGUUCUGGAGUUAUCCAAGGGCGGGUUCCCACGCCUUCGACUACUGUUAUUUGAUGCGCUGAGUAAAUCAACAGAAUGGAGGACUGCGAGGCUCUGCGGCUGUCGUAACAUGAGAACGCUCCUCGAGGGACUGCGAGGACUGACCAAAGGCCGACUUGUCAUACUUGAAAUGGAUGUGAUCAAAGGAAGGAUUGAGAAGGACAUUGGAGAGGAUUAUCACAAGAUACAGCAUGUUCAUUGCAUUGAAACAGAUAGCGUCUAA